AUGGAACAACUGCUCGAACAAUAUAAGGAAUUAGAGAAACGCAAUACCGAGGAAUUAGAACAUGAUUAAUCAAUCACUCAUUUGCUCUACAUCGAGGGAUUCAAGUGGGAUGAUUUGGAUAAAAUAAAGAAGAUCAAUAAAAUAUCGCAAUCUAAAAUAGAGAAAAGAAUUACUUUGGUUCAAGAUGUAAGAGUCUCCAUUAUGUAGUUCGGUACAUUAAGGAAAGAUGCAGAACCAUAUGCAAGGACCAAUGAACAUUUUUAAAGUUUAGUCAAAGAUAUUGAUAUGCAUAUCAAUUGCAUUAUGUUCGAAAUAGACAAAUUAGAAUAAUUAAAAUAGAAAUCAUAAAGAUUCUUAAGACUUCAAAGUUAACCUAAUAUCAAACCAGAAACUGCUCCUACUGAUGCCAUGGCUUAGACAGGAGGGUUGUUAUCAAGCACCAGUGAUGGUCAAACAAGAAUGUAUCAGAGUAGCUUUUAGUUUUACCGAGCUUAAAGGGAUCAAUAGAUUUAAUCGCAUAAUUAAAAGUGGAUAGAAAAAUAAUAUACAAUUCAGAAAAAGCUGAUUGAGAGUGAAAAGGACUUUUAGAAAUUUAGAUACGAAAUUGAUUCCAAAUAAAAAAAGGCAGAGAUGAACCUCUAAGAAUUCUAACUAUGGCAAUAAAGAGUGUUGAAGGAACAAGAGGAGGGCAAUUCAAAAAGACUUUAAUUGCAUAAAGAGAGAGUGCUAAAGGAUUAAGUCUAAAGAUAGGCUGUUUUAGAAUAGAAAAUGUCCAGAAAGGAAUUACAAUUAUAAAAACAGAUGUCAUUAUUGAAGGAUUUCCAUGAAGUAUAGAAGUAAUAGAAAGAAGUACACUUUCUGAAGAUCAUACAAAAAUCAAUGACAGCGUUAAAUGACAAGGACAAGUUUAAUUAACAUCAAAAAGAGUUAAAUGAAAAGAAAGAAUAGCAAAAUUAGCAUAAGUUGAAGUACAUCGAAGAAUCAAAGGAAUGGACUAAGUAAUAGUUGCAGAGAUCGAACGAAUUAAAAUAAAAAAAGAUCGAUAGAGCUAACUAAAUUCUAGUUUCUUAAGAUCUUUAAAGAAGAGAAAAAUUUGAAAGUAAAGAAAAGAAAAAGCUGGCUUAUAUGGAUAAAUAUAAGUAGAUGUUUGAGGAAUACUAGAAUCACAUCAACAAAGAGAAGGAGGGCAAAAUUCAUCAAUUUUAAAUUAAUAAAGCAAUAGAAGAUGCCAGCAGAGAACAAUUAAUUAAAUAUCAAUUUGAAAGAAAAUCUCAGAGCUAAGCUGAGGCCUAGAGAUUGAGGGACAGAAGAAUAAGAAUUUAUUAGGAAGAGAAAGCUGGGGAAUAAUUGAUGAAGCAGAUAGAAAUCAAUUAAAGAUUAAAUCAAAUAUAAUCUGAAUUAGAAAUGAAAAGGAGAAUGCAGGAACUUAUGGAAGAGGAGUAAAAGCAAAGAAAAUUAAUGAUAGAGAAUGAUGAGAGACAAACCAUUAAGGAAAGAGAAAAAAUGGCCAGAAAGUUGGAGAUGGAAAAAGAACAGAAAGACAAGGAGAUGAAGAAACUCAAAUAUUCCAAGUUUUGA